UCCCUGCCCCCCUGUCCCCCUGCCUGACCUGACCCCACAGCUGGGAAUGGUUUGCUGGGGGUGGGGCAGCCCCUGCCUUUAUAAGCAUGGGCCUAGCCUGGAGGCCCAGACCUCCCGCUGACCCUUAAACACUCCACCUUGAACCCCCACCACACACAUACACCAGCUCAGAAAUGACAGGAAAAGCCACCCCUGAGGCUUCUGUCUCUACUUCAGAGGGGACAGCACCUGAGCCUGCCAAGGUGCCCACUCCAGAGCCUUCUGGACAGGUGGCAGCAUCAGAGUCCACGGGGCAAGAGCAGGCUCCAGAGCCACAGAAGCAGCCUCAGGCACAGGACCCUGCAGCCCACGAAGCUCCCGCCACACCUGCCACCAUUAAGCCUGAAGCUCCGAGCGAAGAUGUCCCCAGUGCCCCACUGCAGCUGACCUUGGAGGAUGUGAGCCACAGCUCCUUGACUGUGAGCUGGGAGCCUCCGGAGAACCUGGGGAAGCUGGGGCUCCAGGGCUAUGUGUUGGAGCUCUGUCGAGAGGGAGCCUCAGAAUGGGUACCUGUGAAUCCCCGGCCCGUGAUGGUGACCCAGCAGACAGUUCGAAACCUGGCUCUGGGAGACAAGUUCUUCCUGCGCGUGACUGCAGUAAACUCCGCAGGGGCGGGCCCUCCAGCUGUGCUAGACCAGCCUGUCCACAUCCAGGAGAUCACAGAAGCCCCCAAGAUCCGUGUUCCCCGACACCUUCGUCAGACCUAUAUCCGCCAGGUGGGAGAGUCUGUCAACUUGCAAAUCCCCUUCCAGGGGAAGCCCAAGCCGCAGGCCUCUUGGACCCACAAUGGCCACGCCCUGGACAGCCAGAGAGUUAAUGUGCGCAGUGGGGACCAGGACUCCAUCCUCUUCAUUCGCUCAGCUCAGCGCUCAGACUCAGGCCGCUAUGAGCUCACUGUCCGUCUGGAAGGCUUGGAAGCCAAGGCCGCCAUUGACAUCCUGGUGAUCGAGAAGCCCGGCCCCCCGAGUAGCAUCAAGCUAUUGGAUGUCUGGGGUUGCAAUGCUGCCCUUGAGUGGAUGCCACCCCAGGACACGGGAAACACAGAGCUCCUGGGCUACACAGUGCAGAAGGCAGACAAAAAGACAGGGCAAUGGUUCACAGUGUUGGAGCGAUACCACCCCACCACCUGCACCGUCUCAGACCUCAUCAUUGGCAACUCGUACUCUUUUCGGGUCUUCUCAGAAAACCUGUGUGGCCUCAGUGACUUAGCCACCACCACCAAGGAGCUGGCUCACAUCCACAAGGCAGCUAUCACUGCCAAACCUAGAGAGUUUACUGAGCGAGACUUCUCAGAAGCGCCCUCCUUCACCCAGCCGCUGGCUGACCGUACCUCCACUCCUGGCUAUAGCACGCAGCUUUUCUGCAGCGUCCGAGCGUCACCUAAGCCCAAGAUCAUCUGGAUGAAAAACAAGAUGAGUAUCCAGGGGGACCCCAAGUAUCGUGCUGUCUCCGAGCAAGGGGUCUGCACCCUGGAGAUCCGGAAGCCCAGCCCUUUUGAUUCUGGGGUCUACACUUGCAAGGCCAUCAACGUGCUAGGAGAGGCCUCCGUGGAUUGUCGGUUGGAGGUUAAAGGUGGGAGUCAGAAGGUCGCCCUUAGCACCCUUCUGUGGUGGACAGAUUGAGUCCCUCUUUGGAGCUGGACAUCUAUGGAGCUCAGAGUGAAAAUGGAACCGUUUGUGUGACUUUCUAAGUGGGAAGAUGUUCUAUUUGGGGACUGGGGUGCCGGGGAUCCUUGACCUCAAACCUCUCUAUUCCCUCCUGUCUUCCCCCAAAGCUCUAACCUAUAGGGUCUCUUUCAGCCUCUGCCACACACUGAAGACCAACACAGGCAGAGACUGGGACAAGGAGACAGGUGAGUGGCUGGACCCACUCCUUCAGUUACCUCCAGUAAAAGUGUGGUGUCUAAGAGAAGAUUGGGAGAGGAGAAUCCACCUUCCAGGCACAAAACGUCACUGGAGACGGGUAGGGUAGGGCAGGAAGGCAGUAGGGCAGGUCUGGGUACAUUUUUGUAGCAAAAGACAACUAGCAUGCGUGUUCAGUUUGGUACAGACAGUGCAGCGCUGGGCCAUGCUGGUGAGGUCCAGAAGGAAAGAUACAUUGGGUGGUCACAGGACAGCAUCUAGUCUUGGCUCCAAAUGGCUGUAAACAUAGGCAUUCUUUUUCCUCGUUAGAAAAGUAAGGACCCAGCCCUUGCCCUGCCUUCCUCAUUUGGUGGUUCUGAGGCUCUGGGUGAACUAGGAAGCCUCCAGAGCUGCACUGGGCAGAGCUCAGCAUUGGGAAUUGAACCUGAGGAAAGACCGAGAAGGGUGGAGGUGGUCCCCUACCCGACUCCCCACCAUCUAUCUCUUCUAGCAGCUUGGUCACAUACCAGGACGCAGACGGACAUUCUCUGCCAGGUCCUGCAGACCUGAGGAUCAGGCGCCCAGGCAUCCCCAAGACCAAGAUACCACAAGAACAGCUAAUGGGGGUGAACCUCCAGAACCUGCUGGCUCUCUCCACCAGAGGUUGGGUCCAGACCCAGGAGUGGGCCUGGCGGGCCCCAGGUCAUACCUCCUGGGUAUGAGAGGGCCCCAAGGGUGCAGAGACUGGCACCCCUCUGCAGAAUUGUACACUGUGUGAGAAGCAUUCAAAUAAAGGUGUGUGGUGUUAUAGCA